AUGCUGAAUCAAACCUCAGUCAGUGAAUUUCUCCUCCUGGGAGUAACAGACAUCCAGGAAUUGCAAGCUUUUCUGUUUGUGGUUUUCCUCACCAUCUACUUUGCCAAUGUGACUGGGAAUGGCGCCAUCCUUACAGUUGUCAUCUCUGAUCCAAGACUCCACUCACCUAUGUAUUUCUUCCUGGGAAACCUGUCAUGUCUAGAUAUCUGCUACUCCACGGUGACUCUGCCAAAGAUGCUGGAGAACUUCCUCUCCACACACAGAACCAUUUCUUUCUUGGGAUGCAUGAGCCAGCUCCAUUUCUUCCACUUCCUGGGUAGCACAGAGGCCAUGUUGCUGGCCGUGAUGGCCUUUGACCGCUUUGUGGCUAUCUGCAAGCCUCUCCACUACACUCUCAUCGUGAGUCGUCAGCUCUGCACACAGAUGGCUAUUACAAUCUGGACCAUUGGCUUUUUCCAUGCCCUACUGCACUCCAUUAUGACCUCUCGUUUGGACUUCUGUGCUUCUAACCAGAUCCACCACUUCUUCUGUGAUAUUAAGCCAUUGCUGAAGCUGGCCUGUGGGAACACUGAGCUCAACCAGUGGCUGCUCAAUGCUGUCACAGGGACCAUUGCCAUGGGCCCCUUCUUUCUGACACUUCUCUCUUAUUGCUACAUUAUUAUCUAUCUGUUCUUCAAGACUCAUUCUUGCAGGAUGCUUCAUAAAACUCUGUCCACUUGUGCCUCCCACUUCAUGGUAGUUAUUCUUUUCUAUGCUCCUGUUCUCUUCACCUACAUUCUCCCUGCCUCAAGGAGCUCCAUGGAUCAGGACCGGAUCAUUGCUGUCAUGUACAGUGUGAUCACUCCUGUCCUAAAUCCACUCAUCUACACUUUGAGAAACAAGGAAGUGAAGAGUGCCUUGGGUAGGGCAAUGAGAAGGCGGAUCUUACUUUAA